GUGAGGGCAGGGCGCUGCUAGCCUUCAUCCAAGACAGCAAUGCAACGCUUUAUUUUUCGGCUCGCAUUGAAAGAUUUUGGUUGUUUUCCUUUGCAGCCUUUCAAACAAUACCAAAAGAGCACGAGGUGGAGCAGGCACGCCCCUCUCGCUACUUUUCUGGGCGCUCUAGCGAAGGGGAAAGGGGCUUCCUGCACUGCGGGCUGGCAGUGCGGGAGAACUACAAGUCCCAUGAGGCAGCGGGCAGCGCAUGCUCGGUGGAUAGGUUCCUGUGGAGAAAAAGCCAAACUGGUUAUUAUGCAAAGCCACAGCUGGAGGAGGAAACAAAUAUGGUAACCCACAGACUGUUGCUGACAGAAGGAAGAAAACUCUGACUGCUCACAACCACUUCUUGUCAGGAUGCAAUUCCUACAGAUCCUGGCUAGGAAGCCAGGGAGCCUGGAAGUGCUUUUUCAAAUACCAUUUUGCCAAAAGCAAUUCCCAUACUCGUGUCUGUCUACCUCUGCAUGUGUUUACAGCAAAAAGAAAAAAGGAAACAGUUAUGACCAAGUUGACCAAGAAAAAUACAAGAACUUGGUCCACUCUGUUAUAUCUUACAAAACCAGUGCCCAAACCCCAGAGACAAUACUUGAGGAAGACAAUUUGUUAUAUGGGCCACCAGCUAAACAAACACCUCCAAUUAAAGCUGGGACAAGAACUCCCAAGAAUUGGGUUCCUUUAAUAAACCCCAGCAAGAGAAUUCUUCCUGCCAGCAGUGACUCAAAGGUGCCCAUGAAAAUCAGGCUGCAAAGAGCGAAGCUGCCCAGCGUCACCCGCAUCCUUCAACAAACCCUCUCUCCUCAGCAAGUCUUCUAUCUGGAAAGAUGGAAGCAGAAGAUGAUAGAGGAGCUUGGAAAGGAGGGAUUUGAAGAGUACACCAAAAAUCUUUUUCUCCAGGGAGAGCUCUUCCAUUCAGCUCUGGAAUCAAUAUUCCUGUCUGGAGAGACAGCAGCCAGGGAGCAGGGUGAGGAUGAUGUGGUGGCUGGCUACCUGUCCAGUGUGGAAGGUGUCUUGGAGGACAUCAGCGAGGUGAAGGCUCUGGAGAGCGGAGUUCACCACGGGACCCUGCAGUACCUGGGCCUGGUCGACUGCGUGGCCAAGUAUCAGGGCCAGCUGUGUGUGAUCGACUGGAAAACUUCAGAGAAGCCAAAGCCAUCUCUGCAGAAUACUUAUGACAACCCAUUACAGGUUGCAGCAUAUAUUGGAGCCAUAAAUCAUGAUGCCAACUAUAACUUCCAGGUUCGCUGUGGGCUCGUGGUGGUUGCCUACAAGGACGGAUCCCCGGCACAUCCGCAUUUCAUGGACCCUGACCUGUGCUCUCAGUACUGGAACCAGUGGCUCUUGCGCCUGGAGGAGUACAGGGACAAAAACUGACCCAGGCUGAGCACAAGCAAGUGGCCAGAGACAAAGGAAGAACUUUUUUUCAUGUUCUUUUUUGUGUAACUUCAGCUAAUUUCUUGCUAGCCAGGCUCCCCUCUCUCCCCUCCCAAAAAGUAACUUUCAAAUGGGGAAUAUCUAUUUUCUUAUAUUGUAGGUAACCUCAGUGGUCCAGGCAGAAAAAAGCCAACUUAUUGGCCUCUCUUUUUUAUCCCACACAGUUUAUACAGCCUGGGGUUGAUAGAAAAGUUUCUACUACCAAGUAAAACUGUUUGAUCAAAUAAUCUUUUUUUUUUUUCCUCAAAAAUCACAAAUGAAAGUUGCAGAACUGAGUCUUUAAAAAUGAAGUUGGUGAACUAAGGCAAAACAACAUCUGUGAUGUAUGAUAAUGAGCUGAGAGAAAUGCAAAUGAUAAAGAAGUGGAUGUGGUAGACUGGGUUUCAGUCAGUUCUUGCUCAUGCCAUCAUCAGGUUUGUUCUUAUUUGUGGUUUUUCCUACAGCUACAACUGGAAAACCUGUGUUGAGAGUUACAAGGAAAGUCCUCAUUAGUUCUCAUUUAGAACAGUACAGCAAAGUGGCCACUUAGCAGAAGUGGCUCAGCAAGAGAGGAGCAGAAUUGGAGCCAACACUCCCAGAAAUUUCCAGCGGGUGUUCUGAGAGGUGGGAAUGUUGGCUGCUGCUGGUGGCUCCUCCUGCAGGUGUUUUACACCCAGCCCACAGAAAAGCACUGAGAGAUGGGGCUGUGUGCCUUGGCUUGGGAGCUCUGCUGACUCUGCUGCAGGCCUGAGCACAUGAGGAGCUCACCCCAUGGAACAGUCGCCAGUGCCACAUGAGUGAGCUUCUAUAUCAAAGCAAAGCCUUCUGAGGGGUGAAGAGCUGCUGGUUGGGUUUUGGGGACUGUUUUUUAUGGGUUUCUCUUUGGUUUUUUGUUUGGUUUUUUUUUUUUCAAAUAAGUUUGUGAAUAAAUGUUUUGAAACAGAAAUUUUACAUUUGAAGCACAUAAAAUCAAGUCUGUAAAGCAGAGAAUAAAUAAGCCUUGAUCAUGUCAGGCAGUAUUGUUCUGG